GGAGUAUAAGAUGCUCUAAAAUCGUAAAAAUCGAUAUUGGUUGCUUCAACAAUUCUUUUGCAGAAUCGUUUAUGUUCUUAGAUAGAUAUAUGCACUACCCGAAAUGAAAAUCAAUAUCCUUUGUUUCUCUCUUCUGAUUGGCAUUUUCUCUCUGAUUUCCCUUACCCAAUCAUCUUCUUCUCCUUCUGUUUCUCUCCUCGGAAUCCCUCCUCAAGAUGAGGAUUACUUCAAAACGGAUACUCUAAAGUGCAAGAACGGAUCCAAGAAGUUCACUAGAGCUCAACUCAAUGAUGACUUCUGUGAUUGUCCUGAUGGGACUGACGAACCUGGAACAUCAGCAUGUCCGCAGGGAAAGUUCUAUUGUCGGAAUGCUGGGCAUCUUCCUGUUUCAUUACCUUCCUCAAGGGUGAAUGAUGGCAUCUGUGAUUGUUGUGAUGGGAGCGAUGAGUAUGAUGGUAAAAUGAACUGUCCAAAUACAUGCUGGGAGGCUGGCAAAGUGGCCAGGGAUAAGUUGCAGAGAAAGAUUGACAUGUUUAAAGAAGGUGUCACCUUACGGAAAAAGGAAAUUGAACAAGCAAAACAAGUGCUAGCCAAUGAAAGAGAGGAACUGUCGAAACUGAAAAAUGAAAAGAAUAUUCUUGAAGGACUUGUUAAACAGCUCAAAGUACACAAGGAGCAAAUUGAGAAGGCGGAAGAAACGGAGAGCAAAGAAAAAGAAGAAAAGAUGGAAAAACUUGCUGAGGAUCAAGCCAAGUCUGGUGAUAAAUCUGAUGGUGACCAAAAGGAAAGCUCAAGCUCAGGUGAUGGCAACAUUGGUCUGUCAGAUGAAUCUUCACUAAAUAAGCGUGACAAAGAUGAAUAUGAAAAUACGGAGGGGUUGCUGAAAGAUGGAUCUGAAAGCACAGAGAGGUUAUCAAAAGAAGAGCUGGGUCGUCUUGUUGCUUCACGCUGGACAGGAGGAAAAACUGGACACCAGGAAAAUGAAAUUGUUCCUGCUAAAAGUAACGAUGGAGGCAGCAGUGAGACUUCAGAGAGCACUAAUAAUGAAAUUUUUUAUAACAAUAAUGACAAGAAAUUGUCUGUAGGAAAUGAUUUUGAUGGUCCCUGUUCCAUGUGCAAGUCUGGCUUAGAAGAGCCAAAAGAUUUAUAUGGGAUAAACACUUUGAGGAGUUCAUCAUGGUUGGAAAAGAUAAAGGAUACCAUACGGAAUAUAUUUCAAUUGGUUAAUCUUUCUCCACCUCUUGUAGAUAAACUAGAUGCAGAUCGUGUUCGGAAGGAUCAUGAUGACACCACUUCAAGGUUGUCUGAUAUAGAGGCAAGAAUAACAAGUUUGACAGAAAAGUUAAAACAUGACUUUGGUACACACAAGGAAUUCUAUUUGUUGUAUGAUCAGUGCUUUGAAACCAAGCAGGACAAGUAUGUGUAUAAAGUUUGCCCAUUCAAAGAAGCAACUCAGGAGGAGGGCUACCAUAAAACCGAACUUGGGGAGUGGGAGAAAUUUGAAAACUCAUACCACAUCAUGCUGUUUUCUAAUGGUCAGGGAUGCUGGAAUGGACCUAAUAGAAGUUUAAAGGUCAAGCUUAGGUGUGGACUGAAAACAGAGCUGACUGAUGUGGAUGAACCAAGCCGCUGCGAAUAUGUGGCUUUGAUGACAACACCUAUCCUUUGUCUGGAAGGGAAGCUUAAGGAACUCGAACAUAAACUAGAAAGUUUAUACGAACAACAACGAGAUGGCCAUGAUGAGUUGUAGGCUGCCCAUAUGCAAAUGCUCAAGUGCUUUUGACCAUCUGUCAUGAUGUUUUUCUGAAGUGGCCUAUGAAGUACUCUUUAGUUUAUUUCAUGAUACAACUGCAUUGUUUUUUCUUGAAGACUUAUCAAAGUCUUGCAGCAGGCCGCACAAAAAUCUUCUACCCUAUAUUCUUUUGUUGAUUAUCAGGAGGCCCUCAUCAAGUCUCCUACUUCAACUUGUUCUUAUAGGCAGCUGGGAAACUAGUUUGGGAAUUUUCACUGAGGUAUAAUAUAUUUGUAGUGCAUUUGCAAUCCUUUUUCAUAACUUAAUACCAUUAGUUAUUAUAGAGUGAUUUUGAAUAAGAGACAUGGAAUCAGUUGUAGCAGUUUUGGGAGUGUAAUAACUUCCUAUCAGCUAAUGAUAUCUAGGCUUUUUU